AAGAAGCUAGAGAAGGCAGCUUUCGGUCGUGGGGUAGCAAGAGCACUCAACUCUGCCACUGUGCUGUGGAUCACUACACAGUCAAACACCCUUUCAUCCACGCGAAGGUGCAGCCGCAGCAACGCGUGUUACAAGAUUCCUUGUAGGGCGAGGCUGGCUGGGCUUCAAAUCUCGCGCGCCUAUAAGUAGGCAACCCAUCCUCCAUGGGAGCCGCAGCAUAAGAGAGAACGAUCUCCUCCCUCCUCGCUUUCUGAAGCUCUUCUGGACUCGCAGAAACCAACAUGGAAGGAAAGAUGAGCCCGGCUGUCGCUGAUGCAGUUGACUACAAGGGAUUCCCAGCUGACAGAAGCGUCACUGGUGGUUGGGUACCUGCCGCUCUCAUCCUAGUGAUCGAAAUAUGCGAAAGGCUGUCGACGAUGGGGAUCGCAGUCAACCUGGUGACAUACUUGGGCGGCACGAUGCAUCUCCCGAGUGCAGAGUCGGCCAACGUCGUCUCCGACUUCCUCGGCGCAUCGUUUCUUCUCUGCUUGCUUGGAGGCUUCCUAGCCGAUUCAUUCUUAGGCCGAUACCUCACCGUCGCCAUCUUCGCGUUGGUCCAAGCACUGGGAACAGGAAUGCUCACUGUAUCGACGAGUUUGCCUCGGCUCCGGCCACCGCCCUGUAACACUUCUGCUACGAACAGAUGCCGGCGAGCAAGUGGCUUCCAGAUGGGCAUCCUCUACUUGAGCUUGUACCUGAUCGCGCUGGGGACGGGAGGGCUCAAAUCAAGCGUCUCGGGCUUUGGGACCGACCAAUUCGACGACAAGGACGAGAAGGAGAAGAGCCAGAUGGCGUACUUCUUCAACAGGUUCUUCUUCUUCAUCAGUAUCGGCAGCCUGCUCGCAGUGACCGUGCUUGUCUACAUCCAAGAUGAGGUGGGCCGCAGCUGGGCGUACGGCAUCUGUUGCAUCUCCAUGCUGCUUGCCGUCAUACUGUUCCUGUCUGGCACGAAGAGAUACCGAUACAAGAAGAGCUCAGGGAGUCCAAUUGUGCACAUACUGCAAGUGAUCGUGGCCGCCUUCAGCAAGAGGCAGCUCAAAUACCCUGCGACCAUCGCCUUCUUGUACGAAGACAGCCCUGAGAUCUCGAGAAUACAACAUACUGACCAGUUCCAUUUCCUCGACAAGGCUGCGAUCAUGGCGGAAGGGGAUAGCGACGUCCAUGGUGAGACCUCAACUGUGAACCGGUGGAGGCUAUGCUCGGUAACGAGAAUCGAGGAGGUGAAGAUGAUGAUUAGGCUGCUCCCUGUGUGGGCUACGACCAUCAUGUUCUGGACUGUCUAUGCUCAGAUCAUCACAUUCUCCGUAGAGCAAGCGACAACCAUGGAGAGAUCGAUCGGGAGCUUCCAAAUUCCAGCGGGAUCGCUGACAGUCUUCUUCGUGGGUGCCAUAAUGGUCACCCUGGGCAUCUAUGACCGAGCGAUCAUGCCUCUCAUGAAGAAAUGGAAGGGCAAGCAAGGCUUCACCAACCUACAAAGAAUCGGUAUCGGUUUGGCCUUCUCCAUCAUAGGAAUGGCGGCCGCAGCAGUCGCGGAGGCGAAAAGGCUCUCGGUUGCACGGCGAGCAGGCGAGGGUGCUGCUCUCAGGGGCGCGACGCUGCCCAUCAGUGUUUUCACCUUGAUCCCGCAGUUCUUCCUGGUGGGCGCCGGAGAGGCGUUCCUCUACACAGGCCAGCUCGACUUCUUCAUCACCCGGUCGCCGAAGGGGAUGAAGACGAUGAGCACCGGCCUCUUCUUGACGACGCUCUCCUUCGGCUUCUUUCUCAGUAGCUUCAUGGUCUCGGUGGUGAGGGACGUGACCGGUGGCAAGAACGGGCAGGGAUGGCUGGCAGACAACAUCAACUACGGGAGAUUGGAUUACUUCUACGGGCUUCUGGCUGCACUGAGCACGCUUAACAUGGGAGCUUUUCUAGUUUGUGCUAUGUGGAUCAAACAAGAGAACCCUAACCAAGGGUUGCAGAUGGGGAGUGCAGCGCUGAAGAGUUCAUCCAUGGAAGACACGUGCUAGUGCUAAUAUAAUCUCAAUCAGCUUGUAUUACCGGCAGUCUGUAGUAUUGCUGCCGUCCAUGGUUGCGCUUUAACUUCUUAGACCUUCUUUGUUGUUCUACAUCCAGCAAAACACAGUCUUAAUUAUAGAUUGGGUUGCAGAUGACAAUUGUAAUUGUAGCGAGUUCAUCUAUAGAAAAGAAGUGCUAAGGC